AUGACCCCGACAGCAAGAAACGCAAGUAUCCAGAGCCCGGCUUCCCAGCUUAAAGAUCAGGAGCGGAAAGAAAGGCGUAUCGUCGAGUGGGUGCGCGACGAGGAAUCGCUCAGAGCCAACGUCAGCGCCAACCCCAAGCUGUCUAAGGCCAAGCAAAUUCACGCUGGAGGCAAAGCUUCGACAGCCGACAUCGAAGAAGCCCUGGUGGAAUUCAUCAACGAUCAGCGCAAGCAUCACGUCGGCUGUGGUAGCAUGGCGGUCAUGAACAAGCUGCUUGAGUUGAAGCCGGAUACCCUUGGCGGGCUGACAGCCAAGCCGAAGCCGGAGGAGGCGUUGGCUUUCAAGUCCAAAUUCAAGAGCUGGUACCAACGUUUCCGCAAACGGAACAAGUUCAGCAUCCGCCGGCGUACAAGCGUGGGCAUAAGGCUACCGAAGGGACACGAGGGCAUGGCGUGGGCGACGUUGAUGAAGCUGCGUAAGGCUCUCCUGGAGCGUGCUGGCGAGAUCUACGCUCAGCGAUACCCGCCUGCACCUGGCGAGAGCCCCAUCAGAGGGGAGGACCUCAGUUCAUCGCAGCUGGAGUUGGUGACCGACGAAUUGUUCAAAGAUUUGGGCAACAUGGACCAGACGCCAGUCCAGUACGAGAUGCCGGUGGAGACGACUCUGGAAAAGACCGGUGCGAAGGAUGCCCGCAUCGCCACCGGAGCCGGCGUCUGUUGCAUUCGCACAAUUUUGAAACCUCUCCCCUACCCCCCAACAUCGUGUAUCCUCCCCCCCCCACCAGGAAAAGAGAAGGAACGCUUCACGCUCUGCCUGGCUGUCUCGGCGGAUGGCACGAAGGUCCCGCUGCGCAUCAUCUUCAAGGGUACGCCUUUCGUCCCGCCUGCCACGCCCGGGAAGGGAAAGGCGACUCAGCCGCGGAAGAACUCUAUCGCGUGGGAGGUACUUCCUGCGAACCGCUCCAAGCACGGGCUCCCCGUGGGAGGCAUGUCCUUCGGGGUGCAGGAGAAGAGCUGGUGUGACCUGCGGGAGUACAAGCUCUGGAUCAAGGACAGCUGGAAGCUCCGUCCCAACAACGGCAGCGUCGUCCGGCAGCGCCGAUGCAUCUUGGUGCUGGACGACUUCAAGUGCCACAAAGACGAUGGCUUCAUCGCGGCCCUUAAGAGGGAAGCCAACACCAUCGUCAUCUUCAUCCCAGGCGGGUUGACUCCUCUCCUCCAACCGCUGGAUCGCAUGCUCAACAAGCAGAUGAAGCGGCUGCUGCGGGGCAUGUACACGGCACACACGGCAAAGGCGGCCAGGGACCCCAAGACGGGCAAGCUGGCACCGCCGGGGCGUGGGGCCGUCGCUACUUGGUGCAAGAACGCGUGGGCAUCCAUCACCCCCGAGACAGUCAAGACUUGCUUCAAGAUCUGCGGCCUCACGCUCGCGCUCGACGGCAGCGAAGACCACGCCUGGUGCCUGCACAACUUCGGGGACGGCUACCGCGAGCUCCUGGAGCAGCAGCGCGUCGAAUGGCUUGCGGAACACCCCAACGUGACUCUGCCGCCGCUCCAACUUCCGAAGGUACCAGCCGAAUCAACCGCCAAUCACAUCGAGGCUGCAGCAAAGGAGCUCGAGGCGGGGCUUUUGCCUCGCGGCGACGACAGCGACAUAGAGAUUGAGGAUGACGACAGCGAUGUAGAAGUCGUGGAAGGGGCGGGGGAUGAAGAAGUGAUCGAGCGGUAA